UCUCAAAAUUAAGACACCAACCCCCAUGUCAUGAAAAUAAAAAAAUCCCACAAAUUAUAGAAAAUAAAGACACCAUCUUCAUUAUGAAAAAUAAAAAAUCCCCUCAAGUUAUAGCAAUCUGAAUAACAAAAUUCAAACUAAUUUUGAUAAUCAGAUAACAGAUAACAAGAUAAUCUAGCAUGUACGUACUGAAAAAAGGACUCUUUUUUUUGUUUAAAUACCAAGAUGGCUUCCUUUGUUUAAUUGAACCAUAGACAUUACAAUACGGGGGUAAUCUCAGUUUUUCUCUCUCGAUCUCAAGUUCAUUGAAACUUUUUCCAUGGAUUUCAUUCAUUGGCUCUUGAUCUUUUCUGCAUGGUUCAUCAUCUUCUCCUUCAUUCAACCCACCUUAGGCGAUGAUCCUACUCAAGCAUUAAUCCAUAAGAUUUGUCGACAAACACCAGAUUAUGAAUUCUGCACCAAUGUGUUUAACAAAAACAUUCAUUCCCCUGUAACAAAUGCUGUUGGUCUAACUCAAAUAGCCCUGACUCGAUCACUGGAAAACUCGACCAACACGCGGAUUUUCAUACAAAAGAAAGAAGCUGCUGAAAAAAACAAAGAAAUGAGGGAUCUUUACGAAAUCUGCAAUGCUGGUUAUGGGGCUGCGAUGGAGGUUUUGGAAAAUGCUACCUUAGAAUUCGCUAGUGGAAAUUACAGGAUCAUGUUAAAUUUUGUAUCUGAAAGUGAAAGACCAAUAAGCGACUGUCAAAAGAUUUUUAGUGGCAUUAUUGAGAUUGGAUUGAAGGAAAGAAAUAGGCAGAUGGAAAUACUAAUAAGCAUGACAUUGGCUUCUGGGAGACUUAUUGUUACUUAAUUGAUUAUAAUUUGAAUGGUUAUUAUGAUAAGCAAUAAUAUAUAAAAAUAAAGCAUACAUCUUUUAAUACAUGUUGGGGAAUUCAUAGAUCAUAGUUAGUGUAAUGAUCCGACAGAUGCACAAAGCCACGGACAGCUAACUCAUACGCAUUAUUCAUUUUGGAGAGCCUGAUCAAUUUUACCUCUCAUGAAUUUUUUCACGUCUAUCAAGAUUCGAAUACAUGAUAUCUAUCUUAUGAUAUACUUAAGUUGAAUGAUUAAUUAGUAGACUAGGUCAAGGACAUAUCAUGGUGACUAUUGUUGUCAAUAAGGUCCUAUUCGUCAAUAUUUUUUAAUAAUUGAUCCCAUGAUUUGAGUGUUUGGUUAUGCCAAGAUUAAUAACGUACAUAGUAGUUUAGAGUAAUGCCCAGAGUUGUAGUUUUUCAUUAAGUGCUUGUUUGGGAUCACUUAACAAUUAAUUUUAACCACACUUUUGAUGGAACCCACAACUUUUAUAAACUAUUUUGAAAAUCCACUAUUAACUUUUAUCAAAUGCUUAGUUAAACAACCUCUAAAUGUUUUUCAUUUGUGCUACAUGUAUAUAAUGGUUUGCAUACACAUGAUGUGGUGAUACACGACUAAAUGAGAAUUUGUUCAACCAAA